AUGGUGCGAGAAGUGAUUACCAACAUCGUAAGGUUUCAUGACUACCUCUUGAGGAGAACUGAUGCCAGGGUUCGGGACUACCCACUGAUGCAGAGUCCCAUCAAUAUGACCCUCAUCUUGUUAGGAUAUGUAUUUUUCGUACUGUAUGCGGGGCCACGUUUCAUGGCUAAUCGCAAACCCUUCCGUCUCAACACUGCCAUGGUCGCGUACAACUUUGGCAUGGUGGCCUUUAACGCGUACAUCGUCUUUGAGUUUUUGAUGGCUGGUUGGGGCACGACCUUCACCUGGAGAUGUGACCUCAUUGACCCAUCCAGUACUCCUCAGGCCCUCAGGAUGGUGCGAGUAGCCUGGUUGUUCUACUUUUCUAAAUACAUUGAACUAUUGGAUACGGUGUUUUUUGUCUUGAGAAAGAAACACAGUCAAAUCACGUUUCUCCAUGUCUUCCACCAUUCUUUCAUGCCAUGGACUUGGUGGUGGGGUAUCACUCUCACUCCUGCUGGUGGAAUGGGCUCCUUCCAUGCCAUGGUGAACGCUACAGUCCAUGUAAUCAUGUACACCUACUAUGGACUGUCUGCUGCAGGACCGCGCUUCCAGAAAUAUCUGUGGUGGAAGAAAUACAUUACUGCUAUACAACUGACCCAGUUUGUGCUGGUGUCCAUCCACAUAUCACAGUACUACUUCAUGGAGAAGUGUGACUACCAGGUGCCAAUCUUCAUCCAUCUUAUCUGGAUGUAUGGCAUGUUCUUCUUUGUGCUCUUCUCCCACUUCUGGAUACAGGCCUACACGAAGGGAAACCGACUGCCCGUUUCCCACGUGGAGAAGCCCAAGCAGAACGGGUUUACCAACGGCCAUGCUGUAUCAGUGCCAAACGGCACGUACCUGGAGAACGGCAAUGUAUGCUACACCAACGGAUUUGCUCAAAACGGAAAAGUGAAGGAAGUCUAA